AUGGCAGAGGGGGACAACAGGAGCACCAACCAGCUGGCUGCAGAGACUGCUAGCCUGGAGGACCAUUUUCAUGGAUGGGGUGAAGUGGUCCUGCUUUCAGAUUGUGUCCUUCGCUGGGAGAAGCAAUGGUUUCCAGCUGCUAUAAUGGGAACAGUGUCUUUUAUCAUCCUGAUGAUCUAUUACCUGGAUCCUUCAGUUCUUUCUGGUGUAUCUUGCUUCGUUAUGUUCCUAUGUCUUACUGACUAUCUUGUUCCCACAUUGGCUCCCAGAAUCUUUGGCACAUGGACCACAGAACAGCAACAGAGGCUGCAUCAUGAGAUCUGCAGCAACCAUGUGAAAACCCAAUGUAGGAUUAUUGGCUGGUGGAGCCGGCUCUUUGUUUUGAAGGAAGAAUAUGUAUUUUAUGUCUAUGAUCACGCCUCUUGCUCUUGUACCUUGGAUUGGACAGCAAGUUUAUAA